AUGUUUCUUUCCAAGACCUCUCUCGCCUUCCUCGCCAUGACCCAUGGUCUUGUCGCAGGAACUCCAAUGCCCCAAUCUGACGGCGAGUUUGAUGGAACUCGCCCAAAGCCCGGCAUCGAAUGCGACGGACUGAUUCAGCCGUCCUACAAAGACUGCCGAAGCAUCAUUGACGGCAAUGUCUACUUUGGCAACGGCGACGAACGUGACGUCUGCGUCAAUCAACGCGCCUGUCGCAUCUUCCGCGAAGGUAACUGCCGCAUCUCGUUCUGCAACAACGAAGACAAGGAGGUUUGCGACUCCAGCAAGGAAUGGGGACGACGCACCAAAGCAAUCAUCUCCUACUGCGAGCCCGAUGACGGCGGCGGUUAUGAAUCUCCCGCUGAGCCCAAGCCCUGGACCGAAGUUGCCAUUAGGGCUAACACAGAUUGGAAGGCUGCCAUGAAGGCGGCUGCGGGUGAACCUGCAGGUGUGACUGAGGAGGUCAUGACUAUUGAGGAGAAUGAGGCCGAGGUUAAGCAGAUUGAGAAAGAGCAGAAAGCCAAGCACGCUUUGCACGCUCGAGAUGACGACAGCUUCGAAAUCACAAACCGCCGGAAGAGCGUUGAGAGACCUGGUGCCCAGAUUGAGAUGACAGAUCGUCUCCCCAACGGGGGCAAAUGGGUGGCCUCCAAGAGCAAGACGGAGACUGUUGGCAUCACGGCCUCGGUCAGCCUUGGAGGCUCACUUUUCGAUGUCAUGACAGCCGAGAUUGGCCUCGAGGUGUCUUCCAGCUACUCUGUCACGAGCGGCACAAGCAUCGAGAUCCCCAUCGAGUGCGAGGGCAAUCAGUCUGGUGUUGUCGUCUGGUUCCCCCUGUUCGACUACUACGCAGGCAAGUUCCAGCCCAGCGGCGACUCUGGAUCCAUCUGGGUUCCCCUUGACUCUGAGACUUCUACGGGUAACUUCCGCGUCCGCUGCCUCGGCGAUGCCUAA